UUUCGGUUCGUUAGUCGAGUCAAUUGCCUUUUUAAUGAUGUGCUAACUCCCUCUGCCUGGUCCUCUGUUGAUACGGUCCUGACAGCUCUUAUCCCGGCCGUUGCUACAAGCAACAGGAGUCAAGAAUAUCGCGUGAAGUUGAGUUACUCUCAAUUUGCCAGCCGGGAGUGUAGUUUCACGGCAGAAGUAGGGUAGUAGGUUUCAGUUGGAAACGGUCAGAGUAGCAGGGGAAAAGGAAAGAUGCAGUUCGAACUACUUGAAGAAUGUAGAUACAAUGACGUUUUGGAAUAUUUGAAGAACCACUUCCACGAUGAGCCUCUGAACGUUGCCGUUGGUCUUUUUAAAAAAGGCCAGACCUGUGAGCUCCUUGAAAACUAUGAUUUACAGACAAUGAAAGAUGGAUAUUCUCUGGUAGCCAUCGACCCAGAAACUGGAAAAAUAGCUGGGGCAAUGCUGAAUGGAAUUUCCAGGCGUGGAGAUGUGGAACAGGAUUUGGAGGGAAUGAAAUCUAUCGACGAUAUUAAAUUCCAUAGAUUGAUGGGUUUGCUCUUCUCCCAUAAUGCGGAGGCCAGGCUGUUUCAGAGGUACAACGUCGAGAAAAUUUUCGAACUUAGAAUUUUGUCCGUUGAUAGCGAUCACAGGGGCAAAGGUUUAGGGCAGACUUUGGUUAAAAAGAGUGAAGAACUGGCAAGACAACAUGGCUUUACUCUACUCAAAGCAGAUGCUACGAGUUUCUUCACCCAAAAAAUUUUGGAGAAAUUUGGAUUUGAAACAGUGAAAACAAUAGUUUACCGCGAUUACAAGGACGAUGACGGUAAAUUGAUCUACGAUACUCCUUCUCCACACACUACCUACAAAAUCAUGGUGAAAGAUCUAACUAGUGAGACAGCAAAUGUGUAGAAUAGUCGUAAUCGACAAUGAUGCCGGAGAUAACUUUUAGUUUUUAUCAACAUCAAAAGGAAUUUAUUUCUUCUGGAAGUACCUUAACGACAUGUAUCUGCAGUAUUCGUAUGCCUUAAUGGAAGAUAAUAUUUAUAUACCUACUUAUGAUUUUUCGAAAUGA